GCAUUUAGUCUUCGAUAAACGGUCGAAGUAUAUGGACGUAUUUUUUCUUCAUUACUAUAGUCCUACAAUUAACACUUAGAGCAGAAAAUCUAGUACCUAGAAAAACAGUCACAUUUUGUAGCAUCAAAAAUACUUAUUGGAAAGAAAAUCACAGUUGACCGGAAAAACCAGCACAAGUACGACAAAUUUCACAACUGUCGUAUCUGAGAGGUGUGAGCUAUCCACACACACCGGAGAGAGAAGAAAAACAAGAGAGCCUGCACAUCUGCGUGAUAGCACCGAUUGGACAAAAGUGCGAAUUGUUAAAUUGUACCAAAUCUGCGAUCGUUCGUGAUUUCGCUGGUUCUCGGCAGGGAAGAAUUGCAGAGUAAAUACGUUCAUUGUGCUAAUCUAAAGGUGUCGCAUUUAGCAGGCGAGUUUCACGAAGAAAUGGUUGAAAUGUGUGUUUUCGAGAUUGAAAUGGUGUGAAAAUUAGUAACAUUCAGUGUUUCGUUAGUGUCGUUGUAUGUUUUGGAAAAGUUCCUAUAUAUGUUUCUGCAAUGCAGUUAUGAGGGCAUGGCGAGUGGUCGACAGAAGACAGCAAGCUUUUGUUAAGUGCUGAAAUGGGUCCCCUGUAACAAUCGAGCGCGUAACAAUAGCUGGUAGCCGGGACAGUCUUCAAACAUAAGCAAUCGACCGGUAAUCGCAGAAAGCGGUUCCUUAAUACGUACCUAGUACAUCGAAUCGAGAAAAGGAAUCGUCGGUCGGGACUAUUUUUGUUUUUUUAGUACCGCCAAUUUAACCAAAAUCAAAUUGAUUCAGUGCGCGAAUACGGGACAAAAAAUAGAAACUGACCGAUCUGCCGCCACCUCUUGUGUGUCUGUGGAUAUUUGUAAACAUCGUGCUCACAAGCAACGCCAAAUUGUUCGAGGUGAACUCAGCAGAUACCCGUUGAUCUAGGAGUCACAGCCCGUGUGGUGUUAGUUGAGGAUCGUGUUUCGAGGUGGAAAUAGUGAUUUUUUCCCCGUCCCCGUUUCCAAAAUGAAGAAUUUUUUUUUAAAUCGAUCGUUCAAGGACACCACAGUGCCACUUCCACCCGUCAACCGGUCCGUGCCGUGCGCCGAUUCCUUAAUGCCAGCCUGCGCCGAAAUGCUCGUAUCGCAAAGUCCACCGAUCUACAACUACUCACUAGCCGACUACAUCGCGAGUCAAACUGAUAGUGGGUCCCCGUUUGGCUACGGCACCGUUCCGCCCAAGCCCCGUAACUAUUGCCGACCAACGUCGCUUCAGCUCACGCCACCGCCUUUACGCCGCCAGCUAACGCCACCCAGCCCGAUCAGUGCUACGAUGCCAGCGUCCCCGAAACGAUCCUGCCUAGUGGUCCGAGUGGAAGAUAUUAGCCCCGAGGAGGAGCGUACUAUUGACCUGCACAGCCCGACGGAUACGUACGACAAACAUCGGAACAAGAAGAAGGUCGUUUUUGCCGAUGAUCAGGGAGGUCAGCUGACGCAGGUGCGCGUGAUGAAGGAACCGUCGUACAUGCCACCGAUCUGGAGCCUUCAGUUUCUAGCGCAUGUUACGCAGGGUAUGAUCAGUCCGGUGCCACAGGAACAGUGGGUGGUGGACUUUCGACAGCCGGCCAGUGCGUACCUGGAGUUUCGCCAGAAGGUGGAGGAGAAGAAUGUUUCGCUGGAGAAUGUAAUCAUCAAGGAAACGGAACACCUGAUCGUGGGCACGGUGAAGGUGAAAAACAUCAGCUACCACAAGGAGGUGAUCGUGAGGUCCUCCUGCGACGGCUGGAAAACGCACGAGGACACCUACUGCACGUAUACCGUGGUUGGCAGCGGUACUACAUCCGCCUACAUGGCCCACGACACAUUCUCCUUCCGUAUCACUCUUCCACCUAAGUCCAGACGGAUUGAGUUCUGCGUUUGCUACCGAUGUGGGGGAACCGAGUACUGGGACAAUAACAAUGAUCACAACUAUUCACUGACGAACCGUGUGAUGCCCCGCCAGGAAUCCAGCAUCUUCUUUCCUUCUCCCAAUGCUUUUAGCCACAGUACCAGCAACAACAACAGUACCUCUCAGACCAACAGUACAAACAGCACAAACGGUCCAAGUUCCGACUCCAGCAAUACUAGCGUAAGCUCGAACCGCUCGACCUACGUGGACAGUACGGUCGAACUGGACACGUGGCGCCACAUGAGCUCCGAGAUCCAUACCGGACCAUAUUGUUUGGACAGCAGCAGCGCCCCCAAACAGGACAACCCAAAGACACCACGAGCAGCAGUGCCAACACCGGACAAACAGUCUACUCCAAAGCCACUCGACAGCAGUAGCAAAGACACCGUGGACAGUUCCUUUGACCCAGCUCCGUUGGUUUUGACCCGUACCGAAUCGCUGACAGCUCCGUACACUGCGAACAGUAGCGCCACUAUCAACAACAUCGGCACUACUAGCAUGCGUCGCCAUAGCAGCACCAGUAACCUGCAUCGCAGCUCGUGCGGUGAUGAGUUUACUCGUUCGCUACAGAUGCCGCACCUUCGCAGAACCAACACCCCGCGGGACACCGGUCGGCAGUACUUUAUCCGUGCGCGCACCGAAAACGACGAUCUGCUGUCAAAUUUGCUGAGCCUGCGGGAGAUGCUGCUUAAUCAGAACGUUCACGGUUGAAACAGGAAGCAUUUGUCAAACGUGUUUUUUCUUCUUUGUUACUCGUGACUACAUAUGUUACGCGUGUGGAGCAAUUCGUCAUAUUUGACCAAGUACCGCGUUUGCUCGUACUACUCUCCGUAUCGUGGGGUUCUAGAAAGUUACGUUUUUAGCUAUCUUUGUAAGAACUUAGGACCCGUUUUUAACUGUUUUGUUGAGAUAUUUUGCUACCCUAUUUUUACGCGAGGUGAGACAAAAUAAAAACAUAGAAACCGCCUACUCUGCUAAGUAACGCUAAACAGAUACAAGUUGGGUUUUUUUCAUGUGUACUAUUAUUGUUAGGCCGAAGGUUAGAGGAACCGGAGAUUGGCCUACUAGUCAGUUAAGAGAGCUCACGAUGCACCGAAUUUUACUAUUUAUUAUUUAUUAUUUUUAUCUGACACAAUUUUCUCGGUUAGCGUUCGUGUUGGACUCCUGUUGCCUGCACUAGUAAGGCCAUGACGGAAAUGUGCAGUUUCAGAGAGAAGCCAGAUAAAAAACAGCAAUAUAAGAACUAGUAAUUUUGUUACAGAUAAAACAGAUCAGAACAAUCAAACUCAUAAUUAAACAGACAGACAUCCAAAACAACACAAACAAACGAAGACAAAUACUAGUAGCGGAGGAAGAAUAAUAGAAACCAAAAGACUGAUUGUGUCCACAAAUUAAAUUAAUUUGCAUGCAAAAGGGGUGAGGAGCUAGUUUGAGAGAGUCGGACGGGACAGAAACAGGAUCUAACAAAAGAUGAACAACAUCAGGUAGUCUCCCUUACUAAUUUUAUAUAUGUGAAAAACAAGCAAAACAUAGCGCUAGAUGUCGAAUUUAAGAAAUCAAAUUUAAUUGUAUAUAAAGUACCUAAUUGUUUUAGUCAAAACAUUGAUUUUGCUCAGCGUAGGUGUACCCGUAAUGAAAGAAUAAAUAAAAACCACGUCGACUGAAACAUGAAACACUAAAAGAGAUUGGAACAAAAUGUAACGUCGUCGAAAGUAAUGAUCAAAUCUUGAUCGUGAUAAUAUAUUACCUAAGUGUCAAACUGAAAACCAUGUAAUCGAAAUGAUUAACCAACCCAUGGAGUUACGAUUAAAACGAGAAACCGCUGGGAGAGAAAUGCUUAUUAUAUGUAGCACAUUUGCCUGGUUGUCUCCGCAGUCUGAAAGAAGAUCUACUACUACAUGCUUCUAUAUAGAACUACUAAACUGAACACUGUGAUGUACUACUCACAGUUUCGAGUUAUAUUUGCCUAGUGAUAGGUUGUUAGGAGAGUUCUUUUUUUCCGGCGUGAAAAAAUAACAACUCCCUUUCCACGAUCCUAGUUUGUAAUGAGUAACCUUGCGGCGACCCCUUGGUGGGGCACCAAAUUAUUGACGCAAAACCGAACUGGUUAGUUUGUUGUACAUA